AUGGCGGUCAACUCCUCCAGUCCGCCGCCGCACGAUCCCGAAAUCGCCGCCUCCUACGCCCCCAUCCCCACCGAACCCGAGGCGGCGGAGCGGCCGCGGGUCACCAGGAAGCUCCUCCCCAGCAUACUGGUCUCUUCCUUCUUUCUUCUCUCUCUGAUUCUCCUGAUCGUCAAUCAAGGACGGCGAGGACCUCGAGCUGAACUCGGCGGCACAGCCCCUGCGGCCUCCGUGGAUUACGUCCCGCCGUCGAGGGGGCCGGCGCAGGGCGUGUCGGAGAAGGUUUUCCGGCGGGUCGGCGGUGGCGGAGGAGAUAAUCAGAGCUUCGCGUGGACGAACGUUAUGCUGACGUGGCAGAGGACGGCGUACCAUUUUCAGCCUGAGAAGAAUUGGAUAAACGGCCCUUUAUACCACAAAGGUUGGUAUCACUUGUUUUACCAAUACAACCCGGACUCCGCCGUAUGGGGCAACAUCACGUGGGGCCAUGCAGUCUCAAUUGACCUCGUCCGCUGGCUCCAUCUCCCCUUGUCACUAGUUCCCGACCAAUGGUACGACAUAAACGGCGUCUGGUCCGGGUCGGCCACGACCCUACCAGACGGCCGCAUCGUCAUGUUGUACACUGGGGACACAAAGGACGCCGUCCAGGUACAAUGCCUCGCCUACCCAGCAAACCUCUCCGACCCGCUCCUCCUCGACUGGGUCAAGCACCCGUCCAACCCGGUCCUCGUCCCACCGCCCGGCGUCGGGCCCAAGGACUUCCGGGACCCCACCACCGCCUGGCUCAGCCCCAGAGGCGACAGGUGGCGGAUCACAAUUGGGUCGAAGGUCGACAAGACAGGGGUCUCUCUCGUAUACGAGACGAAGGAUUUCGUUGAGUACGAAUUGUUAGACGGGUACUUGAAUGCGGUGCCCGGGACGGGCAUGUGGGAGUGCAUCGACUUUUACCCGGUCUCGUUGACCGAGUCGAACGGGCUGGACACGUCGGAAAACGGGCCGGAGGUGAAGCACGUGAUGAAAGCCAGCUUGGAUGAUGAGAAGAACGAUUACUACGCGAUCGGGAGUUACGACCCGUUUAGGAAUAAGUGGCGUGCGGAUGAUCCGGAAAAAGAUGUGGGGAUAGGGCUGAGGUACGAUUACGGGAAGUAUUACGCGUCUAAGACGUUUUACGAUCAGGAUAAGGAGAGGAGGAUUUUGUGGGGGUGGAUUAGGGAGACUGAUGCUGAGGAGCUUGAUGUUUUGAAAGGCUGGUCUGGUGUUCAGUCGAUACCGAGGACAAUCGUGCUCGACAAAAAGACAGGGAGCAACUUGCUUCAGUGGCCGGUUGAGGAAGUCGAGAGCCUGAGAUCGGACAGUGUGGAGUUUAAUGAUGUGAAGCUUGGUCCUGGAUCAGUCACACUACUCAAAGUAGACUCUGCAUCACAGCUGGAUCUAGUUGCCUUGUUCGAAAUUGACCAUCAAGAGGCAGCAAAGGCUUUUGAUGAAGCCGAGACGGGCUACGAUUGCCCGACGAGUGGUGGGGCCGUCACAAGAGGAGUUUUGGGGCCGUUCGGGAUUGUUGUCCUUGCUGACGAGGCACUUUCUGAACUGACUCCAAUCUAUUUUUACAUAGCUAAAGGGACUGAUGGAAAGGUUGAGACUCAUUUUUGUGCCGAUGAAUUGAGAUCAUCAAAAGCUGGCGAUGUUGAGAAAAUAGUUUACGGAAGUAAAGUCCCUGUGCUCAAUGGCGAAAAACUAUCUAUCAGAUCAUUGGUGGAUCAUUCGAUUGUCGAGAGCUUUGCUCAAGGAGGGAGAACAGUAAUCACGUCAAGAGUGUACCCGACCAAGGCCAUUGAUGGUGCUGCUCGUGUUUUCUUGUUCAACAACGCCACACGAGCCAGCGUGACUGCAUCUGUCAAGAUAUGGAAAAUGGACUCGGCUGAAAUUCGACCUUUCCCAUUUGAUUAG